ACGGGACCUCUUUCUAAAGAUUUGGAAACUAGUAGAUGGACAAUUUCACCACUAAUCAGAGACAACUUUUCUAUGAUUGGAUCUGCUAUUGGCGGUACUGCAAGUGCAUUCUAUGGAUUUAACCUUGUGAUGCCACUGGUUCAAAGACGGAUAAAGGGCCCUAUGUGGUUCCAAUUUCUCAUUGGUACUCCACCGGUGAUGCUAUUCUCCUCUGCUUGUGCUGGGUUGGCAGGUGGCACUGUCCCAGCUGUAGCCCAACUUGUCUCGUCAUCUUAUCAUGCAGCGGCCUCAUCACUGUCAAUUUCACCACCCGUCUCCUCCGAGGAUGGCAAGAAGCCCAACAAAUCAGCAACCUCCUCUACCCUGUAACCAC